AUGUUUCAACUACUAGAUUAUUUGUUUACCACCGUGACAUUUAUAUGUCCUGGUAUUCUAACCAUUAAAGCUUUAGAUAAAUCAGUUCAAUUCAACUAUUCCAGUUAUCAAUUCCUAUUGAAUUAUUGGCUAUAUUUUAUAAUAUUGCAGUAUAUACAACAACUAUUUACAUAUAAUUCCAUUACUUUAUCAAUUAUCAAUUAUUCAAUAUUUGCCAUUAAAUGUUGGUUAUUUUAUGGUAAGAAUAACAAUUUAAAAUUAAUCAACAAGAUUUUGAUUGAUAAAUCUAUAACUAGUCGAAAUUUAAAUACUAUUGAGACAAAAUUUAUAAAUCCAUUGCUAAAUAGAAUUAAUCCAGAAUUUGUUGAAUUGAAUUUCCAGGUUUAUCAAUUAGGAACAACUUAUUUAAAACCAGUGCCCACAAGUCAAGAAGUCAACAUUGUUAAUUUCAUAAGGGGUAUUUUUGAUGGCAUUACUGCUAUUGUUGCCGCUUUUUCUGAUGCUGUUGUAACUGUUGGUACCGGUAAUGGAGGUGUUAGUGGUGGUAGUGCUACUAAAAGAAGAGUUAAAGGCUCUUCAUCCAGUACAGCCACGACAAACAAUAGCAAAUCUUCUCCAUCAUCAUCGUCCUCAAUACUAAGAAAGCUUAGAAAACUGCGUCAAAGUUCUUCAAAUCAAACUGCUAAUGGCACUGUUUCGCCUGACACUCGUUCAAGAAGUUCAUCGAUUGGUAAUAAUAUGAAAAAGAUAUCCAAUUACAUGGUUACUCCCAAUUCUGUCAGUUCUUCAAAUCAAUCGGUAUACUCAUCAACAAGCUCAAUAUCGAGUAGUAAUCGAUCAAAUCGUUCUUAUCCAACAUCACCAGUAAUUUCACCUGCUACUUCACCACCACAACCUCCUUCCAAACCAUAUAAUAGAAAUGUAUCUUCACCUCCACCAUAUGAUGAAAUUAUAAAUAUUCCUGAAGUCAGUUUAACACCACCAUCUCAAACUAAUUAUCCUACUACAACCACCAUUAAUGGUGGUGGUAAUAGUAGUAAUACUAGCAGGAGGGUGUCUCGAUCUUCAGCAGGAAGUUUUGAUUUGGAUUCUACAAUUAUGGCAUUUAGACAGCAACAACAACAACAAAGAUCACUAUCACCCACUUCCUCUUCUGAUGGAAUGAGACGUUCAACUAAUUCAAUGGCAACAUUACAAGAACUGUUAACUGUUAGACGAAGUAACAAUAAUGAUAGUGCUCACAGUAAUGAAUUACCCCCUGCACCUACCCCUGCAAUGAUAAGUAAUUCAAGAUGA